AUGUGGACCCCUUUGCCUAAAAUCGGCCGUGGUGUGCUGUUGAAAACAGUCCGCCUUGACGGCUUGCAUGCUGCUGAGGCCGUUUCGGACAUCAAUGGCACCUACAAGACCAGUAACAAGGAUAUCCGUAUUGGAGAGGAGGUGUUCGUGUUCGAGCAGCACUCUGGCGGCGAAUGGUACCGUGCCUACGUCGUUUCCUCUCCUUCGGCCAUGAACAUUCUCAUGGACGUUCUGGAGCACACUGACGUUGUUUCUGACGAGAACGUUAAGCCCCCGGAUGCUAAGAUCAUCACCGCUGUCUUCCCUGCUUCUUGUGUCAAGAUCAAGGACUACUUUGAGAUCAAGGACUCCCCCAACCGAGAGCAAAACAAUAAUUCUGCCUACAGCCUUGGAAAGCCCUUUGCUCCUCCUGUCCCUGCUCUCCGACUGGGUAUCGAGUCUCCCAUGCUCGAGGGAGAGCCUCUCGUGGAUGAUAUCAUCUCUGUCAUUGGUGAGUGGAACAAGGUCUACUUGUGUCGAUUCUUUGUUAACCGAAACUACGGUGUUGUUAACGAACUGAACGCCAUCAUCAAGGAGCUCUACGUCAUCCGACGACAACUUCUGUACCAGCUUCUCACUGAGGAGGAGACUCUUCUCACCCGACGACGAGCCAUCUGGCUUAUUCUCAAGGCCAAAAAGAUGAUGUCCCAGGGUAUCCUUGUUCGAGAUACCGUCACCGGAGAGAUUCUCACCGGUCGAGAGGAUCCCGUCAAGCUGGCCAAGGAGCAGCUGCUCAUCAACCUCUCGCCCAAGUACCCCAACUACAACGCUCUUGACGAGCGAUCUGUGCAGGACGUGCAUCUGCCCACCCAUAUUUCCGUCAAGCUGGUUGAGUCCGAUGGUCAGGCUGGAGACGGCGCUCUUACUGCCUUCAUCUACCUGCGAUCUCGAACCAAACGUUUGACUGAGGCUUUCCGAAUCUCCGUCGACUCCUCUCUUGUGCUGUCUGAUCUCUCUACAGUGCUGUUCACCAAUAUCCCCGCCCAGACUGUCAAGGACGAGAUUUACAUUGUUGUGGUUCUGUCCGAGGAAGUGCCCGUCUCUGCCACUUCCAAGAAGCGUGUGCGACGAGGUAUUGCUGCUGGUGUUCAGUCUCUGUCUCGAAUCUUUCAGGAUUUCACCCACCGAGAGAAAGAGCUUACUAUCAACAUGUACGCUUCCUACUCCGAGACUGGCCAGUACGGCCAGUCCAACCGAGGCUGGGGUGAGCUUGUUGAUAGAAUCAUCAAGGGUGAGACUGUUGGUGUCGGUAAGACUCCCCGAGCUGACAAGGUCACUCUCGCCGUCAAGGACUUCCAGGCUCCUACCGCCUCUCAGCUGGACUUCAAGGCCAACACUGCCAUGUUCCCUGCCACCUCUCUGUUCGUGGACUCCCUGAUCCCUAAGCGAGAUGAUCUGUACGUCUACCUCAAGACGAUGACUCUGGCUAAGGGCUUCGAUGGUGCCGAUCUCAUCUCUCUCAACCUUCAAACUGCUUAUGGAAAGGUUGCUUUCACAAAGGCUUCUAACGUCGAGCCUGUUGGAGGUUGGUUCGCUGCUUCCGUCUACAACGGUGAGUCUAUCGGCGAGGUUGUUCGAGUCACCGACUGCGGCCACGGAUGGAACGAUACUCUUUACUUCAAUAUCUUCCUGGGAGCUGACUUCCUGGGUCGUGGUAUCCUCCAGCUGUGGACCAACGACAGAAUCACCUCUGACGGCCACAAGGUCAUUGAUAUCAUCAACUCUGACCGACUCAAGUGCGCCACUCUUGAGGUGUCUGUUGACUACGUUGGAAACUCCUUCAACGUGCCUGCCGCCAUUGUCACCGUCAACAACUGGAAGAAGUACUUUAACUCCGGCCUUGGAGACGAGCUCAUGACUGCUUGCAACGCCAUUUCUCAGGUUCCUGAUCCCGAGUUCACUUUGCACUUCCACCGAGUCGUCGACAACCUGUGCCAGAUCAUCCUAGCCGUUGACAACGAGGCUUACAGAGACGCUGCUUUUGGUGCUCUGAUCCACGCCCUGGAGGUUGUUUCUCUCAAGCACCAUGGCAACCACGCCUAUCUUGCCGAUGACUGGCUGGCCCACUUCAGCUUUGUUGGUAUUGCCAAGCCUCUUCUGGCCUACAUUCACAAGACCAAGAAGGUCCAGAAGUGUGGUCAAUAUCUCGCCAACCUCAUUGCCACUGCGGCCCGAGUCGACAUUGGCGUUUCCGAGGACAAGCACGCUGCUCGAAAGGAUCUGGCUGUCAGUCUGCACCACGUCAUUGACGAUGUUGUGGAUGCAAUCAAGACUGACACCCCCAACAAGCAGACCAUUGCCCUGAUUUCCCAUUUGCCAAACUGGUUGGAAAACAUGCGACCUCUUGUUGGUAAUCGAGAUUGUAUGGAGACCUACAUUCGAUUCGUCGAUUCGAUCCGACCCGGUAACGACAAGCUGACCGUCGCUAAGCUGCUGUUCAUCCAGGAGAUGUCCCGAUCUUGGAUGUUCCGAGAAGCCAAGUACCGAGCUCGACUUGCCUCCUUUACUAUUCGAUGGACUCUGCCCUUCAUCACCAAGGUUGAGUCAGGCACUAUCACAACUUUCAAGAAGGAUCUCUUCCGACUCGUCUGCGCCAUUUUCGCCAACCAGAUCUCCAUCCUGUGGCCUUCUCGAGAGACCGAAAAAGGUAUCAUUGGUAUGUAUGUGCCUCUGCUGCCUCUGUUCGCACGAACUUACGUUGCUCUCCUGGCCCACUACAAGGAGUUUGGUCGACAGCGACGAACUUACACCGAGCUAUUCCCCAGCAAGUACCCUUUCGUUACUGUUCCUGUGGACUCUCGGUCCGAUUCCAAGUUCGACGAGUGUCUUAUUGAGAUGGGUACCAUUUUCAUGUCCAUCGUUACUUUUGCCAACAUUUCAGGCAUGUCUCUGCCCUCCUCUUCUCUGUCUCGUUCUGAACUCAGUGAGAUUAUUCUCAACAUCCUGCAAGCUUGUUCUGCCAUGCUGGCCAACCAGUCGUUCCCCAAGACCUGGACUUCUCUUGUUACCCUCCAUCACGACACCGUUUUUGGUACCCUCACAUACCUGAACAGUCUCCUGGUCGAGAAGUUCAUUCCCUCCCCCGAGCAGGCCGAGGAGUUCGAUGCCUCCAUCUGGUACACCUAUCUGUCUACCCUCCUUCAGGUCACUGGUUCCGACAUCAUCGCCAUCGAGUUCCUGUCUGAGCAGAAGCGAAAGGCCAUGUGGAGUCUUCUGGGAGAUAUCCGAGGUCGAGCUUCCACCAUGCUCCAACAGACUUGGGAUCUUCUGGGAUGGCAGGCUUCUCCCGAGGAGCAGCAAAAGUAUGGCCUUUCCCGCCUUGGUGGCUUCCAGGUCAACCUGUACGUUGGAGACACUUCUUUGGUUGUCGGAAUCCUGUACAUGUGUCUGGGUAAGCAUGCCGGUGCCCAGGCUGUUGCUGUUAACAUUCUCAAGUCCAUGAUUGUCGGUGAGUGGAUUCUGAACAACGACCUUUCUCAGAUCACUCGUGAGAUCAUUGGUGGUCUCGACUCUGUCUUCCAGCACAAGACCUUCCUCCCCGAUGAGGAAGACAAGAACCGAUUCCUCCAGCUUCUGCGCCAGUCUCUGCCCGACGAGGUAUCUUCCAUUGCCGAGGAUAUUGAGGAGUUCACCGAUCUGCUGUAUGAUCUCCAUACCAUCCCUGCUGGUGACCAGUACAACGAUGACAGAAUUUUCCACACCCUCAACGUUCUCAACUUCCUGCGAUCCCUCGACAAGGUGGAGAUCUUCUCUCGGUAUGUCCAUGACAUUGCUCAAUGGCACGUUGCCAAGCAGAAUCACGUUCAGGCCGGUUUAUCUCUAACCCUGCUGUCCAACGCCUACUCCUGGGACAAGACUGCCAUGCUGGGUCCUUCCAAGUUCCCCAAGCUACCAGCCCAGUCCGAGUUUGCUCGGAAGGAGGCUCUUUUGAAGGAUGCUAUCGAGUACUUUGACAGGGCUGACUGCCUGGAGAGUUCUGUCGAUGCCCUCAAGCAGCUCCAGGUUGCCUACGAGCAGAGCUACGACUUCUCAAAGCUUUCUGAGAUCACCCAGCUGCUUGCAAGAACCUAUGACAAGGUAGACGGUCUUCAACGAACCAAGCCUCUGUACUUCCGAGUCACUCUUCUUGGCGGAGGCUUCCCCAAGUCUCUGCGAGGACGACACUUCAUCUUCGAGACUUCACCCUUUGAGCAACUGGAGUCUAUCCACGAUAUUCUCUACCGAGUCCACCCCAAGGCCGUGAUCAUUGCCAACGAAAACCAGGCUCGUGACGAGGGUCAAUUCCUGCAUGUCACUGCAGUGCAGCCCAUGUCAACUGCUUCCCACGCCCUCUCUCCCGCUGCUACCGAUGGUGCUCGAGAGUAUUACGAUCGACAGAACAUGCGACUCUUUUCAUCCACCCGGGCCUCAGGUCCUUCUGAGAACCCUACCCAGAUGUGGACCGAGAAGACCAUCUACGAAACCUAUCAGCCUUUCCCCACUAUUGUCAACCGAUCCGAGGUCAAAAGUAUCCAGGUGGUCAAGCUUUCUCCUGCUGAGAACGCUCUACAGACCCUCAACACCAAGAUCAACGAGCUUCAGGCCAUCGAAUCUUCGUUCCGUGUCGGAGGCCGAGGUGAUACAAACCUGCUGCCACUUGUACUGGAGGGGGCUAUUGACUCUGGUGUUGGUGGCGGUAUUCACCAGUACCGAGUCUUUAUCGAGGAUGGUGAUGCUUCAAUCCAGCAGGCCUUCAUCGAAUACGCCCAGGUUGUCAAGAAGUGUCUUGCUGUGCACGACCGGGUCAUGUCUCCCAAGAUGAGACAACUUCAUGAGAGUCUGUGUGAGCGGUUCCGAAAGGGAUUCGCCCCUGAGCUUGCCAUUAUCGGUGACGAUAUUGCCGGUGCUCGAGUUGCCAUUAAGCAUCCUACUGGCCAAUUUUAG